UCACUCACUUGUAAACAACAACACUUUGAAAUAAUAUUUUUAAUAUAUCUCUAUAUAAUAUUUAUCAUUAUCCUAUUUUUCUUGUUUGUUUAUUACAAUUUUCAUUGAAGAUGGCAUCUCAAAAGGAAAGAGAAACUCAUGUUUACAGGGCCAAGCUGGCUGAGCAAGCUGAGCGUUACGAUGAAAUGGUUGAUAGUAUGAAGAAAGUUGCGAAGCUUGAUGUGGAAUUGACAGUGGAGGAAAGGAACUUGCUUUCUGUUGGCUACAAGAAUGUCAUUGGAGCUCGAAGAGCUUCAUGGCGUAUUAUGUCUUCCAUCGAACAGAAAGAAGAGUCGAAGGGGAACGAGCAGAAUGUCAAGCUGAUAAAAGGUUAUCGUCAAAAGGUAGAGGAAGAGCUCUCCAAGAUUUGCUCUGAUAUUCUUGAAAUCAUUGACAAACAUCUCAUUCCAUCUGCUGGUACUGGUGAAGCUACUGUUUUCUAUUACAAAAUGAAAGGUGACUAUUAUCGUUAUCUUGCUGAGUUCAAGACUGAUACUGAAAGGAAAGAGGCUUCUGAACAAUCGUUGAAGGGCUAUGAGGCUGCUACUGCAACUGCAACCACUGAUCUCUCUUCAACACAUCCGAUUCGUCUUGGUCUUGCUUUGAACUUCUCUGUUUUCUACUAUGAGAUCAUGAACUCUCCUGAAAGGUUAGCAUUUUUUACCAAUCUUGAUUAAUACAACUAUAACAUGUCCAGUGCAAUCCCACAAGUCGGAUAUUGUAUUACCCCCACUGACGACCUUGUAUUA